GGAGAGAAGAAGAGAGAGAGGAAGAAGAAGAGGAGGAGCAGAAGGCGAGUUAGUUCUUGUUAUUAUUUUGCAGGUUGAGCAGCAGCAGAAGAAGAAGAUUUAAAACAUGCUUGUUGCUUCUUGGCAGGAAUGAUGCUGACUCUGCCAUUCGAGGACACGCACACGAUCGAGCCGCGCUUCGGUGCCAGUUUCCCCCGCGACGCUCCACCCUCGGGCGGCCUGCAGGAGCACCGCGGCGGCGGCGAAGACGACGACGACGACUUGCCCUGCACGUCCGCCGGCGACGACGCGGGCUCUGAGCGCGGCGACGAGGACGAGCGAGGAGACGAGGAGGGCGCCGGGCUCGUCCACAAGAAGCGGGGCCCCCGCAAGAAGAAGCCGGCCAAGGAGCAGCACGACCGCUCCAGGAUGCGCCGCCACGAGGCCAACGCCCGGGAGAGGAGCCGCAUGCACGGCCUGAACGCGGCGCUGGAGAGCCUCCGCAAGGUGGUGCCGUGCUACUCCAAGACGCAGAAACUGUCCAAGAUCGAGACCUUGAGGCUGGCUAAGAACUACAUCUGGGCCCUGUCGGAGACCCUGAGCGCGGGGAAGAGACCCGACCUGCUGGCCUUCGUGCAGACUUUGUGUAAGGGACUCUCGCAGCCCACCACCAACCUGGUGGCCGGGUGUCUGCAGCUCAACGCCCGGAACUUCCUCACGGACCACAACGGGGAGGUCAUGUUCUCCGGGCGGCCGCCCUACGAGCCGGUGUACUCGUCCUCCUCCUACCCGGACGUGAGCACGCCCCCCGGGAACAGCGGCGGCUUAGACGGCUUAGACGGCUCCUCCAAGCCCUUCCGCCCGUACGGCUACGGCGGCGCCUACGAGCCCUUCCUGUACGAGAACCCGUCCCCGGAGGCCGGGAGCCCGCCUUUUGAGAGCCAGCUGAGCCCGCCGGGGAACUUGAACGGCAUUUUCUCGCUGAAGCACGACGAGCCCCCGGACUACGGCAAGGGGAGCCACUACGGGGUGCGCUACUGCGGGGCUCCGGGGCGCGCGGCCCUGGCGCACGGCUCCAUGUACCGGGUGGCCCCGGAGGGCCGCUACCCGUACGACCUGCACGUCCGCGGCCAGUCGUUCCCCGCACAGGCGGAGCUCAAUGCGCCUUUUCACAACUAACCAACUCUGGCUUUUAUUUGCUCGCAGAAACUCCAUCAAAGUCUGCACUUUAGACGAGAAGAUUGGACUUUUGAAGCACAAACCAGACUUUGACGCACAACAAUUCGUUACGUUUAAUUUGGAAUGACACGAAAUUGGAUCCAUUCUAUUUAUUUGGAGAUUGGCGCGAGCAAUAAAGGCAAAUUAAAGCUAUGCAAUGCAAUCAUAAAUGUUAAAAUCAUGACAUAAAACGCCGGCAGUAUUAAUAUUUAAAAAAAGACAUUUAUUUGUGUGCAGUAAAUAGGUGAAUGUAAAAUGACUAUUAUGAUGUAUUUAUUUAUUUAUGAAAAAUGACACAUUAGUGCAUUUCAUGUGAAAGAUUGUUUGAUUUUAUUGUUGUAUUUCAUUGACAAUAUUUAUUAUGCCUUAAAAAGGGACCACAUCAUUAUUGAUAUGCAAUCACAUCAAAGUGUUUUCUUUCAAUUUUGCACCGACUCUCUUUU